GUGGCGAGGUACAUAAUGAAAAAAUGAUUUGAUAGCUGGUGUGUCAGACUGUUACAAAGGAAUGUUGGCGGAGAUAUGCGUGGUUUCACACUCGACUGUGCCAGUAAAGUUUGACGCGCCUGAUUAUGCCAGGAAUAGUGUCACAUGUGGAAGAUCAGUACUCAACAUGGACUGGCCUAGUAUACGUAUUCAACCUCAUUGUCGGCACCGGGGCAUUAACUUUACCAGCCGUUUUCAACCGAGCAGGAUGGCUGCUAGGGCUAACUGUCAUCUGCACAUUGGCUUUCAUAAGCUUCAUUACCGUCACAUUCGUGAUAGAAACCAUGGCUUCAGCAAAUGCUAUUAUGCAGUGGAAACGUUUGCAGCAAAUGAAGAGAGUAAGCCAAACCCUUCUGGCUUUGCAAGUGAAUGAGUCACAAGAUGAAGACAGUGAUGAAGAUCAGCCACUGGUCUCCCCAGGAGUCUCGUGGGAAAAGUUUCCAAGCCAGCUGCAGCGGUACUACAUGAUCCAGGAAAAAAUUGAAAUGGGUCAGAUGGCAUCCCUUUUCUUUACAAGAGGUGGACGGACACUGUUUUUCUUGUGCUUUGCUGUUUACCUAUAUGGAGAUCUAUCCAUCUAUGGAACAGCUGUGGCAAAAUCAUUGGCAGAUGUUGCUUGCACAUACCAACCCGCCAACUAUUCAUGCAACAUGACACUACCAGUAAGUGCACUGUGCUGGGAGAAUUCAGAUAUUACAAGAGCAGAUGCCUACAGGAUCUUUCUUGGAGUAUUCAUCUGUACACUGGGGCCUUUUGUAUUUUUCAAUGUGCAGAAAACAAAAUAUCUGCAGAUAUUGACAUCAGUUAUGCGAUGGCUUGCUUUUGGCUUCAUGACUGUGUAUGCUGCAUACAAACUUAUUGUUGAAGGGCCCAAGGGCCACCCACCAGCUGCCGACCUAUUGGGUGUUCCCAGUUUGUUUGGUGCGUGUGUCUAUUCAUUUAUGUGCCAUCACUCACUGCCUGCUCUAGUCGCGCCAAUAGCAGACAAAUCAAAACUGACACGUUGCUUGGCGCUGGAUUAUUUGCUCAUAACUGUCUUUUAUUUACUGCUCGCCAUGACAGGUGCAUUUGCGUUUCAACAUCUGGAUGACCUCUACACAUUAGACUUUGGACCACGAGGCUCAGGUGACUGUAACUCUGAUGAUGUAGGACUUUUAAUGAAAGUGAUAGAGUACUUCCUCGCCCUUUUCCCUGUUUUUACGUUGAGCACAAGUUUCCCGAUAAUUGCAAUAACGUUGCGCAAUAAUCUGAAGUCACUGUUCCUGACAGAUGGCCGUCACUAUAGGUGGUGCAUUCGUAAAGUUGUUUUCCCUCUCCUCGCUAUAGUUCCUCCUUUUGUUGUAGCAUUUACAACUGAAGACCUCAAAAAAUUGGUAGCUAUCACUGGAUCGUAUGCUGGUGCUGGCAUCCAGUAUUUUAUUCCAACAGCCCUAGUCUUGGCAGCUAGGAAGAAGACAAUGGAAGUAAUAGGGAUGGGUGUGAAAAAUGACUUUUCUUCACCAUUUUCAGGCAGAGGCUGGGUAAUAUUUGUCAUUAUUUGGGCCAUUGCCUGUUUGGUUCUGGUGUCUGUAAAUUUUAUUAAAAUUUAUGUAAUGUGACUCAGAUGUAUUUUUAAUUCCCCUGUUAAUGUGUGUGCUAACUAUUGCAUUUUAAGUAUUGUGGAACAGUCAUUACCAGGAUUUUUUUAAGUAUGUCAUUUUUCACUCUAUUUACUCUUGUACUCUACAUAUGAAGUGCAAAACCUCUGUAGUUCGAAUGACUUCAACCAUUCCAGUUGUUAUAAUGUUCAUUAUUUUCAUUUAUUGUCCAUGGACAGUGUAGUGGUUUAUUCAGUGUUUUAAGUGAUUUACUUUGCUCUUUUAAUUAUGCAGAGAACUUUUUAUGGAAUUUUAAGUGUCUGUUUAUUGUGUUUCCUAAGUUUACAUCUGGUGCUAUGAUGCAAGCCAUCUUUAAUUGUGUGAGCUUCAUAUUAAUUGUCAGUAUGAUAUAAUGGGGCUGUGGUAGUGAUUAAACAAAUCAUAAUACAGAACAGUUUGUUAUGAAGCAAGCAAUGAAGGAAAAGAAAUGAAAAGUAAAACCGGGAUUUACUUUUUUUUUUUUUUAGUGUUGUAGGUGAUGACUUAUUUUCUUUCAGAUGUUUUAUAUGUAUUUAUCUGGAAACAUGUUUGUAUGAGCACUUGAUAAGUUUAGUGUAUAUAGUUAAAUCAUUUUUAUGUAAUGUUGACACUUGAUGACCAUUUGUAUGUUCAUAAAUGAAUCACACACUCAAGGAUGUUUUCCAUGUCAGUAAGAAUAGCAGUGACCUUCGGUUCACUUGUAUGUUAUUGAGUUUCAACCAGCCAGCCAGCCAGCCAGCAGAGCUACAAAAAAGUUCAUUUGAAUAUCAGAGUGCUUUACUACACCUGGCCCUGUUGGAGGUGGUAUGCCAUUGCCUUCCUCUGACCCCUGAGCUGACUCACCCAGCCAGUUACAGAUGGACCCACAAUUUAACAUGGAUUUCAAACCACCGUGCAGCUCAUUAUUUUUCACACCAAGAAACAUUAAGAGGUGAAAGAAGUGAUAAGUGACAGAUAAAAAUCCUAGGACUGACCAGGAAUUGCAUCUGAAACCUUUGUAUCUGUAGUCUGGCACUUUACCACUGAGCCACCAAGCCAACUAAAAGAGACCAGUAAAGAAUUGUUAAUAGUGGAUGUCUUAGUCACAUAUGAUAGUCGUUAAAGAAGCCACCCUGAUUUGGAUGACAUAUGCGAAUUUGUAAAAAUCAGAACAACUACAUGGAGAUCUAAAGAUGAGAUAUUAGAUUCCUGAAACUGAUGAUGUAAUUUGAAUAUCUAAAAUAAAAGAUGGGAAAGUGGAAAUUUAUCCAGUAUAAAAUUUAGACAAAAAAAAUUUUCUCAUUGUUUGGUAGGAGCAUGUGCCUUCUUGUGUAGUAUAGUGCACUAAUGCAGGGAGGUUCAAGAAAUUUUUCCAAAUGAGUGACUUAUAUUUUGGUGCCUCCACUCUCCCUCCCCUUUUUUCUCUCCUACACUUCCACCCAUGUCAGUUUUUGCUGCUAAUUGUGGUAUACACUUUAUACAAAUCUUUCACUUGGGCACCCCUCUUAGCUUGGCACCCCAAGAGGCCGCUACUAAUUAUGAUGUGUCAUGUAUAGAAGUCUUACAGAAGCGAUGCUCCUGGUGCCCUCUUCAGCUUGCACCCUAUGUGGCAGCUUGUGUUGCUUUGAUCUAAAAUCGGUCCUUCAUUAAUGAUGUUUUGUUAUUACUGUCGGUAUGUGAAGAACCACAGAGGAAAAGGGACACGCGAGUGUGUUCGUUUAUUCUUACCGAGUGUGUGAUAAUUUUUGUACUCUUAAUUAAUACUGGUUUGUGACUGACUUUUCAGUGAGUGGUCAUGUACUCACUGUGUUGCCUGAUUUUGGUUUUGUAGUUACACUGCCCUCCACCACUGCAAUCUGUCAAUCACAAAGUAAUUUUAAUGGGAAUAUAGUAUCAUAAAGAUGAUGAUAAACCUCCAGGUGUGUGUUUCACUUAUGAAUUAAAAAGUAAUUGUUAUUCUCUUACAACCAUCUAUUGUUUUGUAGGGUAAACCUAUAUUAGUUAGACAUCCUCAGCCGUAAUAUAUUCUGUUCAUACAGCAAACAGAGAGAUAUUUGUAUAUAUAUAU